AUGUCAUCAGCUGGAAGUUUUGGUAAAACUACAAGAAAAAAUGCUCUGGGACAAAGAUUAGAUCCGGGAUGGGAACAUGGGGUUGAGGAUGGGACUUUAAAAAAAGUGAAGUGUCGGUAUUGCAACACUUCCCAUUCUGGGGGUAUUUAUCGGCAUAAACAUCACUUGGCUGGCACUCAUUUAAAUGUUGAGCUGUGUCCACAAGUGCCCGAAGAAGUGAGAACACAAUUUCAAAAAAUUCUUCAAGCUCAUUCAGAGGAAAGUCAAAAGAAGAAGAAACAAAACUUAUAUGAUGUUGAUAUCGAUGAUGAUGAUAGUGAAUGUAUAGCCUUAGAACAAUCAAAGAAGCGGAAGCAAGGUGGUGCAAUGGAUGGAUUUGUAACAAAGAAUUCGUCACAGCAAACAACAUUGAAUGAGAAAUUUAAAAAGGAAGAGAGAGAUGCAGUAUGUCAAAUCAUAGCCCGAUUUUUUUAUACCAGUGCUAUACCAUUCAAUUGUGUGAACAAUCCCAUAUUUCCUCUUAUGAUUAAAAGGAUUGGAGAGUAUGGGAGGGGGCUUAAUCCUCCUUCUUAUCAUGAAAUUAGAGAGACAUUCUUGAAGAAGGAAGUAAGUGAAGCAUUGAAUAUACUCGAGAAUUUUAGAGGAGAAUGGGUGAAGACUGGAUGUACUAUUAUGUCAGAUGGGUGGUCUGACAGGAGGAGACGUUCAAUAUGUAAUUUUCUUGUCAAUAGCCCAUCGGGAACUAUCUUUUUGUCAUCCCGAGAUACUUCUGAUAUUUCAAAAAUUGGCCAAAUGGUUUUUGAAAUGUUAGAUGAGAUUGUGGAAAAAGUUGGAGAAGAAAAUGUUGUACAAGUUGUGACUGAUAAUGCUUCUAACUACAAAUUGGCUGGAGAGAUGUUGAUGGAAAAGAGGAAAAAAUUAUUUUGGACACCUUGUGCCGCUCAUUGCAUUGAUUUGAUGUUGGAGGAUUUUGAGAAAAAAAUUGAGAUGCAUAGUGAGACAAUUGAAGAUGGAAGGAUGAUUGUUUCAUACAUUUAUUCAAGGUGUAUGCUUAACCAUUGGAUGAAGGAAUUCACAAAUGGCAAGGAGCUUAUUAGACCUGCAGUGACGCGAUUUGCCACUUCUUACUUAACUUUGCAGCGUCUUAAUGAACUAAAAGGAGAAUUGAUGAAUCUUUUUACAACCUCUAAGUGGAAGUCUAGUAAGUUUGCAAGGACACGUAAAGGGAAAAGAGUUGAAGGCGUGGCUUUAGACAAUCGUAACUUCUGGACAAAUGUUGCCAAUUGUCUAAGAGCUGCAAUACCUCUUGUUAAAGUACUCCGAUUGGUGGAUUCUGAUAAGAGACCGGCUAUGGGAUUCAUUUAUGGAGCAAUGGAUCGUGCCAAGGAGGAAAUUAAGAAAAACUUCAAUGGCAUCAAAAAGUGGUAUGAACCUAUUUGUACGAUCAUUGAUGCAAGAUGGGCAUCUCAACUUCAUCAACCCUUGCAUGCGGCAGCAUAUUUUCUGAAUCCCCAAUUCCAAUAUAGUCCAAGUUUCCAUUUAGAUGCAGAUGUGAAAAUAGGAGUUUAUAAAUGUCUCCAAAGAAUGGUUCCUGAUUCUAAUGAGAGAGUAAAAAUUGAUUGCCAAAUGGACACAUUCAAAGCUGCAAGAGGGCUCUUUGGCCUAGAUAAUGCAAUAUUGACAAGGAACAAGAAGUCUCCAGCUGAAUGGUGGGAUUCAUAUGGUGAUGAGUACCCCGAGUUGAAGCGGUUUGCAAUUAGAAUAUUGAGUUUAACAUGUAGCUCUUCGGGAUGUGAAAGGAAUUGGAGUGCCUUUGAGAUGGUGCAUUCAAAAAGGAGAAACCGGUUGCAACAAAAGAAAAUGAAUGAUUUGGUAUUUGUUAUGUAUAACAUAAAAUUGAAGGAGAGGAACUUGAAAAGACAAGCUGUCAUAGAACCAAUUAUUUUUGAAAAUGUCUCUUCCGAUGAUGAAUGGAUUACUGAA